AUGCUAUGCCGAAACUGUCAUCCUCAACAAUCUAUUUAUAGCGUUGCGUCCCCGUUGGUGGCUGGUGCCGUAGCUUUACUCUUGAGUGGACUAACGGUUGAGCAGAGACUGCUCGUCAAUCCUACGAGUGUCAAGCAGAUACUUAUCGAAUCAGCAAUACCUAUCAAGGGCGCUAAUCUAUUUCAGCAAGGUUCGGGUCAGCUCAAUCUAUUUGGUGCCCAUGACAUCCUACGCACCUACACACCACAUCUGUCGACUGUGCCGUCGCGUCUAGACUUCUCAGACUGUCCUUAUCUAUGGCCCUAUUGUGCACAGCCGUUGUACUGUAGUGGGAUGGGACAUACAGUCAAUGUGACUGUAUUGAACGCGCUCAGUGUUAACGCUACAUUUGGGGCUACGCCUGUGUGGAUAGGCGACGAGAAGGCUGCCAUUGAUGUAUUGGAG